AGUAAGCGGGUUUUCGAAAAAAAAAUAUUUAAAAGUAAUUUUGUGCGAGUUUGGUUCGAAGGAGUUAAUAUCAUACUAAGGGGUAAAGUGUUUGGUCCCAACAUCAUACAAUCUCAACACAGUGGAUCCGAGCCCUAUUUCAAGAACAUAUAGAAUCUCAACGUGUUGCAUUCGAGGCUCGUGGAUCGGUUUAAAAUUUUUCACUCCGAUCCCUUUAGUUUUAGAUAGUAGCUACGUGAUUUCUGUUUUUAGAUAGACAGAAGAACUUGCCCAUCUUCUGAUGACGUACAGGAGAUCAUCGUGUGUGGAUAUAAGUCGUCCUAUCAAACAACAACCAAUCUAGACAUGUAUGUUGAUUUCUGUUAUGUUUGUGAUUGCUGGCCAUAAAUAAUCCAUAAUACAUUAUUGGUCAAAAAAAUACCAAACAAUUGGGUUUAAGGAUACAAUUCUACACGUUGCAAUGCGCCCCAUGUCUUGCGAUUUAUGGUGCAAGUUGCCUACGGUUAUGAGACAUCCCGAGAAGCUAAGCAACAUUUCUUGUGAUGGGUGAAGGAAGGUCAAACUAGCAGGGAAGACCAAGUUUUUCUUAUUAUUGGGCUCCACUCCAACUGGUUUUGAAUCACUGACCGGCAUCACCAACUUGCCUUAUCCAAUGACAUCCAUUGCCAAAUAGACACUUCAAUUGUUGGCUUAACAUUUUUAUAUAUACAAUAGAACUUUACAUACUUGAAUUAUACCGCAACAAUCGUUCUCUCAAGUCAAGGACUACGAAUGCAAUGAUCUCCCUCUCCAAGGAUAAUCAAUCCACACAACAUCUUGCGUGGCCAAAAUUCUCGAUGCAACGGAAUCAUAUGUUGAUCUCCAUUUGACGAUCUCUCAAACAUCUUACAUCAUUAGACUUUUCAACUCAAGAACCCAUAUGCAGAUUUCCGUUAGAUCCGCGCCAAGAUGCAUAUGUCUAAUUGCGAGGUCACACAAUGAGGAUCCACACUUACAGUACUCUCGAAUUCGAGCUCUCAAACCCAUGCUUUGAUAUCAUGUCAAAAAAUCAGACAAAUCCAAUAACUCAGCUCCACGAUUGCCUUGCCAACAAUCAACAACACUAAGCGUGUCUCUCCACAAGAGAACUCACCAAGUAGUUGUCAUUAAUUAGGUAGCGUAAAUCGUCACCUACACAAAAUCCCAUGGAUGUAUCCAAGUUGUUCACAGUCGGACUUGGCCGUUUGAAUCUCCCCACCAACAUACAUCCUCAAUCAUGCCCAUCACCCACCAAGUAAACAGAGCCAGCUAUACAUGAACUGAAACCCUAGCUAGUUGCCAACUUGCUGGAUCGCUUGUACAUUCGGUACGGCAAUAUAAAAUAACAAACUCAAAUCCUAGCCAAGCCAAGCACUUAUUAUAAACGAAUAUAGAAUGCGCGUGUGCCAAGUUCAUGCACGCGAUUGCGAUCGACCCGCCAGCCGGCCGGUCUAUAACUACACAGCCAGCUUGCGUGCUUUACCAAACAGUAGUGAAAGCUCGUCGAAGAUGCUCUCGAUCGAUCGAGUUAAGCCUUUUCUCCACCGCGUCUCGAUCGGCCAUCUCCUUAACCGAAACAACGUGGGAAGCGCCAGCCAGCCAGCCCGCCCUUAAGCCACACCAUUAUACCAAACGUGGAAGCCUAUAAUUCCCUCAUCGGGCAGUAUUACGGUCGCAACAUGAGUCCUAGAACCAACUUUUUGUAGGACUUUUAGGCCCUUAAUCCUAUUUUAUAUAGGAUAAUAGAGGCCGUUUUGUUGUUUGUUGUGUCGACCCACAUGGGGAGGUGGUUUAGGGUUUAGUGCUUGCUGACCUCACUUAGUUGAUGGAUUAUUAUAGUAAUCUAGAGAGAGAAAGAGAGAGAGAGAGUGAAGUGACCAUAUAGAGGGAGGGCUAUAGGGUAAGAAAAAAAAAUAUAGGGCAUAGCCGACAAAACAAAAGGGUGCAUCCGUAGGCGAAUCUCAAAUUUGUGUAAGUUGCGUCUUGCCUGUCCAGCGUAGUAAGUAUUGUAAGUGGAGGAUCACUUCCUUUCCUUUCCCACGCAAAGUUAGGCUUUUUGAUGCAUGUACCCAUUAGGCUUUGAGCUAGCUAGAAGAGUCUAAAUGUAUAUAUAAAACUAGGGUUUUGGGGUUAAUCGUACAAUUAAUAUUCCUGAUGUUGGUCGAGGUGUGGCUUCCAUGGUUGUUAAUGGAAACUCCAACCCACUCCAAGGAGGCAUGGUAGCUCGUUUUGGUAACCAUAUGACGAGGAUGGGAGGAUUUAAGUUGAAGCUCUCUUUCCAAUUUGAUGUCCUAUGUUAAGUUAGAAAAAAAAAUAUAGUUUUAAAAUGGGCAUAUAUACAAAUGGAAAAGAAAACAGAGAGAGAUUUUCUUUAGAUGUUGCUCUUAUGAUCUUUUUAUUUUAUGAUUCGACGUCUGGUUGUAUGUCAGGAGUGUAUUAAAUUGUGUAGAUGAUUGAAAAGAGGUCGCGUAGGGGAAAACUUUUUUUCUCAUGUUGGUCUUGUCCUAUUAUUUUAGCUUAGAAUCAUACCGAAUCAUGUUGAAAUUUGAAAUGAGAAUAUGUGAAUUUUUUUUCUUUUGCCGAUCUUCUCUUUCUUUUGUUUCCGAUUCGAUAAGUAAUUACAAGUCAGAAAUGUACUAAAAGGUAUAACAAAUUGAAAAAAAAAAAUACAGAGAAGCUCUUUUUUUUUCCAUGCCUGUCUUCACUUUCUAUUUUGAGUUGAUGCCCAAUUGUGCAAGAUAAGAAUAUGUAUAGUUGUACAUCUAUAUGUCCAUGGUUUCUGAUUCAAUGUGCUCGUUGAGGUACAAGUAAUUUUAAUUGACACAUUUUGUAAAAUAAGACAACUACUCGUUUCUCUAUUGAUCCAUUAAAACGACAUCAUGACUCGACGUAAAAAGCAUACAGAUUCUACAAGCAGAUCGAGCCCAAAAUUCCCCGGGGAAGUGAGAGAUGAAAUAUAAUUUAACAGUGGAAUAAGAUAUACCUUGUUAUGAUUAUGUUGGCAAAACCGGUAAACUGAUAACAUGGAAGGGUCGUGUCACAGAUAAGUUGUGAGAUCGAAGGUCCAAAGAUCUCUCAAUUCAUUGUCGGGAACCAAUUACCAUGAAAGCAUACUGCUACUGUGUGGUUCCCCCUCGAUAUAUCCAUCAAGCUUUUGUGCAUAUUUUCUCCACAGACACCAUUAUUUCAUCCAACAACUCCAUGGAAAUUGAAAUUCCCUCUCUCUCUCUCUCUCCCUCAAUCAGAUCCAAGAUUUUGAUUCCCUUCUCCAUGUUUAUUAACUGUAUACCCCAGGAGGAUGUUGUUCAAACUUCAAACCCUCAUUUGUAGGGCUGACUAUUUGGUCCGGGUUAUUUGGUUUUACCCGAAACUGGAACGUAUAACUCGGACCGAGAUCGGACCAAGACCGGAUAGUAAACAAUCCAAUCCAAUCUUUAGGUUUAGAUUUGAGGUAAAAAAGCGUUUGAGACCGGAUAAAAAACUGGAUAAAGACCGGAUAAGAGAGCUCAACACCAAAAUUUAAGGGUAAUUAGCAUAAACGGUCACAAACUUUUGCACUUAGUACAAAACUUAACCAACUCCUUACCCUUUCAGGCCUAAUUAGGCCACUCAAAUCCCCACAAGCUCAAUAUAAAAUCAAGACCGAAUUGGGACCGGACCGGGUAAAGACCGGACCGAAUCAAAACCGGACUGUAUCCAAUCCAAUCUUUGGUCCUUAUAUUUUUGAAAAGACCGGACUUGACUGGAUCAAUUUGGGCCAAUUUAACCGGACCGGACCGUAUAGCCACCCCUACUCAUUUGUGAGACUAGUUAGCUUCGUUGUUUCACUUAUAGCCAUAUGUAUUGUGCUUUUAUUUUAUCAGGUGGAUGUGGCUACUAAAUUUUUGCAGUGGUGCACUCUAACUUAUUGGACCACCAGGUGUUUUUGUUAAACCAUAACACCCGUCGACAACAAACCGACUAUCGUUUACAUCUCCAGCAUAAUCAUAAUUCACAUAGCUAAUAACAGACACAUCAAUACUAUCAUGUAUGUGUAGAAACAUAUCCCAUAAUUUGGUAAUGAUGCAUGCUAUAUAUGUUACUAUUGUGCUUAAAAUUCAUUCAUGAUAUGUUUGUAUUUUGUACAUACUUUGAGUAUAAAAAAAAACUAUGACAUUUCAAUUAGUAAGGUAUAUUAUUUUUGGUUUCGUAUGUCGAUUGAGAAAUACAUUGCAAGGCUAUGACAACCCUUAAAUUUCCAUAACCAAUCAGAGGUCGCAUAAAUUAGUAUCAAAGUAUCUCCACCGAUGUUUAUUACGAUCUACAAUAUGAUUCGACCGUUUAUGAGAAACAAUAAUAGUAACUUUUUGCAUGUAUAGUGCCCACUUAACGUUGUCGUAAAGAAUAAGUCCAACAUCUAUUGGUUUGUUCUAACUAUCGAUGUGUGAAUUAGUUUUGAAACUCAUAACUCUAAACGAACUAGCGUGGCCCCGGCCAUUUGGUCGGAGGAAGAUGAGGUAUGAAAUUUGAUAAUGUAUUGCCUAUCCCGCCGGUUUUCUAGAAAUGAGCAUCUCACAAUCGUUGCUAGUUUUUACUCGGCCGGUUGGCCGAUUAAUUUGCUUUAUAAAAGUUUCAUCUUGUCAUUAUUGUGUUUUCUGGUUUUUUGCCAAGCCAUGAUAAAAUCUAAAGAAACCAAGAAUGAACAACACGAUUUGGGAUAAGAACCACCGUUCUUGUAUCCCUAGAAAAUGGUGGUAAACACGGACUCACCAGCCAAACUGGUUUGGAUUGAGAUUUUUAUCGGGUAUUAGGGAACCAUGUGAUUAUAAAUUAGACUUGAUCAAAACGGGACAAAAUUUGAAAUUCAGCCUGUUUGACCGACCCAUGCCAAACUCUAAUUAUUCUUUACUUUUAAAAUUUCUAUUUGAAAAUAAAAAAUACUGAAAGAAAAGAGAUGAAUGAAAUUCGCCAUUUGCACAUCACUGAUUCGGGAAUAAAACUAUAGAAUUUCG